AUGGUGAACCCAUCAGGGGUGUAUCUAGAGGGGUUCUGUCUGAAGCGAUGGCCUCGAAGGUAUCGAUCAUGUCAACAUGGACGGUUAAAGCUGCUGGAGAGAGUGUUAUCUCCUGUAUUCAGAGUUUUAGAUUUCUUCCCUCCAUUCUGCUGCCGCCUUGAGGCAGAAGAGCAGAGUAGAACCACUUGUUUGUUCAUUAACUGUAACAAUGCUGGUGUUCAAUUCAAUCAUGCUAUAGCUGAUGGUGUUACUGUUGACCACAUGUUGGAUCAAUCAAAGUGCGUUCCUCUACAAGAAUAUUUUCCAUUAAAUGGAGUUCGAAACCAAGAUGCUACCCCCAAACCAUUUUUAGCUGUGCAAGUAACAGGGCUUGUUGAUGGCAGCAUUUUCAUUGGAUGCGCGGCUAAUCAUGCAUUACUUGACGGAUUAUCUUUUUGGCAUUUUUAUGGCUCUUGGGCUGAGAUAUCUUGCGGUUUUAAUGUCAUCUCAAAAAAACCCCUUUUUCAAACAAUCAAUAGCAAUAGCAAUAGCAAUAGCACACAUGAUCCACCAGUAUUGCGAGGAAAGGUAUUUCAUUUUACCAAACAAAGUAUAGCCAAGCUUAAAUCAAAGGCUAAUGUUGAAAUGAACACCACCAAGAUAUCUUCUCUUCAAGCUGUGUUGGCUCAUAUUUGGCAAUCCGUUAUACGUUGUCGUAAUCUGGAUCACAACGAAGAGACUACUUCUGAGGUACCAAUUGACAUGAGGAAAAGAUUGAAUCCUCCUUUACCUGAAGAGUUCUUUGGAAAUGCAAUUUACCCUGCUACCAUAACGGUCAAGACAGGAGAGCUACUGGAGCACGGGGGAUUCGAAUGGGCUGCUUUACAAAUAAAUGAGAUGCUUGCUUUUCAUGACCAUGAAAAGUUUAAGUGCAUAUACGAAUACGAGAUAAUGUUUGCUAUUUGCAUAUAA